GGCAAAUUUACAAUAAGCAGAAAAUGGCAACAAAAAAAGGAAAAAAGAAGCGGAAAACGAAGCGGCCAUGAGGACUAUGAGGGGUUUAACCUGCCACUGCUCUAUGAAUUCUUAUUACUCUUCCAUAAACAAGGUCUUGAAAUAGAGAUCAGAUAUCUCCUACAAAAUUUUGGAAAUUGACAAUACUAUAACAAUGAAAAUUCAUGGAAAUAUAGAUUCUUAUUCGCUUGUAAACAAAUUCAAACAUGGGUUUAAAUCCCAUUGGGUCACUGCUCAUGGGGUUCAAGUCUCAGUUGCUGCUACUCUACUAAGUGUUGCUGGUUUCAUAUUUGCAAUUAAAGAUGGCAAACUCAGAAACUUCAUGGUAUCAGAGAAGCAUAGUUCGAACAGUUAUUAUUGGACAAUACCUGGAUUGCAAAAUCUUGGAAAUAAUUGCUUCCUGAAUGUUGUUUUACAGGCUUUAGCUAGCUGUAAGAGCUUUAGCAAAUUUCUUGAGCAAGUUGUGGAAGAAUGUGAGGGUUCAUCAAUGGAAGGAAGUGUAGACUUGCCAGUUAUUGCUGCUUUGGCUUCGCUCGUACAAGAAUUAUGUAUUGCACGACAUGGAAGAGCUGUUCUAAGUCCACGGAGAUUGAUGCAUGCCAUGACUAGUUACAUUCCUAAUUUUAAUCUAACUAGCCAGCAGGAUGCAGAGGAAGCACUCUCCCAUCUUUUAUCUUCUUUAAGAGCCGAAUUGUCAGAAUCUUAUGUUCAUGAUCACAGCUCUUUGGCGGAUGUAGCUACACUUCCUAAUUGUAGGAUUGUUAUGCAAAGGAUGGAAGGAGAAAGCGAACAGGAGAGAUGGCAGCAAAGUUUUCUUGGACCUUUUGAUGGGAUUCUUGGUAGCUUUUUAACCUGCCAAAGUUGUUCGUUUCAGAUCUCUCUGGAUUUUCAGUUGUUUCAUAGCUUGCAUCUUGUACCAGUGUUAAGCAGCAGUGGGGCUGUCAUGCCGGGGUGUUCCGUGGAGCAUUGCCUGAAGCAGUUCUUUGUUGCAGAAAAACUUGAAAACUAUAAGUGCAGCCACUGUUGGCAUAUUGCUGCCGUAAAGUUUGUCUCUGCCAUGGAUGAAAAUGAGGCUAUAGUUGAAAAACUUAAGCUGUGCAAUGAGGAAGAUUCAUGUGAUUGCAAAGAGCUAGCAUGCCUUGCAAGAUUACCAUGGUCAAAUAACUUCUCACGCACUUUCAAGCAACUCAGUAUUGGCCGGAGUCCUAAGGUUCUCUGUCUUCAUUUACAACGCGCUUCUAUAAACGUAUUUGGAGAACUGGUCAAACUUCAGGGACAUAUUUCGUUUCCAUUGAUUUUGGACUUGGCUCCCUUUGUGAAGAAUGGAGUGGGGACAAAGAAUUGGGAAGAGAAACUGCAAAUAGGGAAAAUAAAGCAUCAGCAGCAGUCUUUCCCUUUGUUUAAUUACUUAAAUCUGCAGGAUAAUAACGAGAUGUUAAAUUGCAGUACCCAGAGUGAAAGAAAGUAUUCUACAGAAGUAGAAGAUACGGCUGAUUUGUGUAUCUCAAAUAAAUGUGGUGUUAACACACCAAAGUCAAUAUCAACUUUGCUCGAGACAGAAGGCUACAAGGAGACGAGCUUAAAUCAGCUGCCUCCACAUUCUGAAAAUCAGCGUGAAGCUUCCCCAAUAACACUAACCGGACAUCACAUGUACCGACUAGCCUCUGUGGUGCAGCACUUUGGAAGAGUUGGUAGCGGGCAUUACACUGUUUACAGACGAGUGACAGCAAAAAUAAUCGAAGACUAUCCUGCAGGACUACUGGGAUCUGCUGUUGAUCAGUGGUUUUGCAUCUCAGACACCGACGUGCAUAGUGUUUCUGAGAAAGAUGUUCUAGAUGCUGAGGCAACCUUACUAUUCUAUGAAAAAGUUUCUGAUUGUUAAAAAUUUUGCUGAGUUGUAGUAGCUGUUUGUGGUAAGCUUGAAUAAUUUGUGUUAGCAACUCAGAAGCUGGCAAACCUAUUGAAUUUAAUCAGAUUUUACAUUUUAGU